CGGACGGUCCCUUGGCCCGCUGGGAGCUGGAGAAGCAGAGCGCAGCCGCUCAGUGCGGGUCAGUGCAGCACCGUCACUGCAUGAAUGACGGCGCACUUGACCGACGCAGGGAAACACUUCACCGCUUCACAUGAGCCGUGUGACGAGCGCUUCGUCCUCUGGAGACGGAUUUUUUUUUUCCAACACCUCACCUCGUUUCAAAUUCGCGGAUACAUCCGCAGCCUACAGCCGCCUGAGCGAGACAUGUCACGGUGAUGUUACAGCCUCCAUCUUCGCUGGAAUUCGAACCAUGAAGAGAUAACCGGCUUGUACAGCUGACAGCAGAGGAGCUGACGGUAAAUGAGAGGCCGUCACCAUGCCCCCGGGGAAGUAUGGGAUGCUGGAGGAAUGGGAGAGGGAGGGGGACCAUGAGAUAGUGAUGGACUUCCUGCUGCCAACUGGGGUCUUCCUCAAGUUCCCUGUAUCUCCAAGCGACACCAUCAAGAGCAUCAAAAAAAUGGUUUGGAAGAAUGCCAGUAGCGAGGCCCUGUUCAGUGCACUGGGUGAUCCCGACGCAUACGUCUUCACCUGCAUCAACCAGACGGCCGAAAGGGAGGAACUGGAAGAAGAAUCGAGGCGCAUAAACGACGUGCGGCCCUUCAUGUGCGUUUUGAGGCUGGUGGCGAGGGAGGGCGACCGAGUGGAGAAACUCACCAACACCCAAAUCAGCCUGUUAAUUGGCAAAGGUCUGCACGAGUUCGAGGCCCAGAAGAACCACGAGGUGAACGAGUUUCGGACAAAGAUGCGCGUGUUUUGUGAGGAGAAGGCUCAGGAGAGGCAGAUGUUGCCAUGGCAGCAGUGGAUGGAAUACAGCUUCCCAUGUGACCUGGAGCCAUCCUGCUCCCCGCCGGAGUGUGGGAGUGUGAAGUCAAAACACGCCAAGAAGAUUUUCAUCAAUGUCAAGUUUGAGGCUUGUGAUGAAAGCUUCAUGCUGCAGCAGGACCUUCAAGACCUCCCAGUGGCUCUGAUGAGGAGCGCCCUGAAGAAGAAGGCCACGGUCUUUCGCUCAUUGCGUCAGGAGCCCGAAGACUACACUUUGCAGGUCAACGGGAGGUGGGAGUUCAUCUAUGGGAAACAUCCCAUGCACCAGUUUAAAUACAUGUUCUCCUGUUUGAGAAAUGGCCAAAACCCGUACCUAACCAUGGUGCACCACUCCACCAUCCACAAAUAUCAGGAGGAGCAGGGCAGAAAGUGCAGCCAGGUAUUCAAGAGUCGCUCCUUGUCCAGACCUCCUCCACUGCCCCUGAAGAAGCAGAAUACCUCUUCUCUGUGGUCCAUCAAUGAGCCUUUCUACAUUCACCUGCUGCAGGGCAGCCGAGUCAAUGCAGGCGAAGGAAUGAAGCUCGUGGUGCAGGCCGGUCUGUUCCAUGGUAGCGAACUCCUCUGUAAGGUAGUGACAACCUCGGAGGUGACAGUGUGCUCUGAGCCACUAUGGGAUCAAAAGCUGGAGUUCGACAUAAACGUGGCUGACCUGCCUCGCAUGAGCCGCCUGUGUUUCGCGCUCUAUGCAGUCAUUGAGAAAGCCAAGAAACCCCGCGGCACUAAAAAGAAGAAUAAGAAAGCGGACUGUCCGAUAGCCUGGGUGAACACCAUGGUGUUCGACUACAAGGACCAGCUGAAGACUGGGGAGUUCCAGUUGUCCACAUGGCCAUCUGUUCCUGACAAAAGCGACCUGUUGAACCCAAUGGGAACAGUCGAGAAGAACCCCAAUGUGGACAGUGCUGCUGGGCUUCUCAUUCGCUUCCCUAAUAUCCGGCCACAUCCUCUCUAUUACCCUCCGCUGGACAAGGUAAGUGGUGACAUGGAGAAGAAUGGUGAUGCAGCUAUUGUCACAAAAGAAGAGUACAUGAAACUAAAAGAAAUCAUGGACAACAAAAACCACACUGAGUUUUUCGAGGACGAGAAAGAGCUCCUGUGGAAGCUCCAAACAGAAGUCCGUGACCAUUAUCAUGAAAGUCUGUCCAAGCUGCUCCUCGUCACCAAGUGGAAUCGGCGCGAGGACGUAGUUCAGAUGGUUAGUUUGCUGAGGAACUGGCGGGACCUCCCAGCCAUCCAUGCCUUGGAGCUCUUAGACUACAGUUUUCCCGACCCAGCAGUCCGUUCUUUCACAAUCAGAUGCCUCAGGAAGCUCAGUGACGAUGAACUGCUACAGUACUUAAUCCAGCUGGUGCAGGUCCUGAAGUACGAGUCCUACCUAGACUGUGACCUCACCACGUUCCUGCUAGAAAGGGCUUUGUCCAACUGGAGGAUAGGACACUUUCUGUUUUGGCAUCUCAGGUCAGAGAUUCACGUGGCUUCUGUGAGUUUGCGUUUUGGCCUGAUUCUGGAGGCCUACUGCAGGGGAAACAUCCACCACAUCAGGCUUUUAACCAAACAGAACGAGGCUCUGGGCAAAAUGAAGGCCCUGAGUGACUUUGUCAAGUCAGGCUCCCAGAAGAUGACAGCAGAUGACCUGAAGCUGUGUAUCAGACAGGAGUCCUACCUUGAGGCCCUGUCAGACCUGCUGUCACCACUCAACCCCAGCAUCAUCCUCUCUGAGAUCUGUGCAAACAAGUGCAGGUUUAUGGACUCCAAGAUGAAGCCGCUCUGGCUGAUGUACAACCACAAGGCUGAAGGAGACAUGGUGGGCAUCAUCUUCAAGAACGGAGAUGAUCUUCGGCAAGACAUGUUGACCCUCCAGAUGAUCCAGCUUAUGGAGAAUUUAUGGAAGAGAGAAGGCCUCGAUCUCAGGAUGAUCCCUUAUGGCUGCUUGUCCACUGGGAACAAGAUGGGGCUCAUUGAGGUUGUGAAGAACUCCGACACCAUUGCCAACAUCCAGCGUAACAGCAGUACCAGUGCCGCCACCGCUGCCUUCAACAAGGAUGCCCUGCUCAACUGGCUCAAAUCUAAGAAUCCUGAGGACAAACUUGAUCCAGCGAUAGAAGAGUUCACGCUGUCCUGUGCUGGCUACUGUGUAGCCACUUACGUCCUGGGCAUCGGAGAUCGUCACAACGACAAUAUCAUGAUCAGGGAAACUGGACAGCUGUUCCACAUCGACUUUGGGCAUUUCUUGGGCAACUUCAAGCGGAAGCUGGGGAUCAACAGGGAGCGUGUGCCUUUUAUCUUGACUUACGACUUCGUCCAUGUGAUCCAACAAGGGAGGACGAACAACAGUGAGAAGUUUGAGAGGUUCAGGGAGUACUGCGAGCGGGCCUAUAAGAUCCUGUGUCGUAACGGGAUGCUGUUCGUCAACCUCUUUGCUAUGAUGAAGGCUGCAGGACUGCCAGAGCUCACCUCCUUCAAAGACAUCCAGUACCUAAAGGACUCUUUAGCUUUGGGCAAAUCAGAGGAAGAGGCACUGAAGAACUUUAAGGUGAAGUUCAACGAAGCUCUGCGGGAAAGCUGGAAGACGAAAGUCAACUGGAUGAUGCACUCCCUGGCCAAAGAUAAUAGACCGUGAAGAACACUGCACCAAGGAAGCCUGACGACAGACCAAAUAAAUAUGGAUUUUGGAGAUAAAAGGGAAGAAAACUCAAUCAAAUAUUUUACUUUAUUGAUGGCAUUCAAAAAACGCUCAGCAUAUGUUUACAUCGGACUGGGCCUGUCUGUGGUAAAUAACGACUAAGUGGAGGCAUCCAAAGAUGAUACAACGAUGGUGCAUAAUCUCAGCACACAUAUAUUUUCACAAUGAAGGAAAUCCAUCACACUCAUCUUUCUCCCAUCAGACAUGGCAAUGCCUUCAUAAACAUGCUUUAUAGAUGUUUGAAAGUCGCUACUUUAAAAACCACCUGCACGUGCAAAAGUGUCAUGAAUCACUGACACCGCAGCAGAGACUGAAAGCUCAUCUCCAUCGUUUAGCAGGGAGCAAACUGCAAGCAAGCUUUGUGAUGACCUCAGACGACACCGUUCAGUCACGGAGUUCAAUAACAGGGCGGCAGUUUCACCUCAAGUCUUUUCCACGGUUGCGACCCUUGAUGGUUUUGUCAUUUCCUCUCAUUUCAACUGCCUCUUUGCAAUUGUGUUUUUUUUUUUUUUAUUUUAUUGUAUUUUAUUUAAUUUGGUUGCUCUGAAGUACUUGUACAAAGUCAUGAAGGAUGUUUUACAAAGAUGUUGUGUUUCGAUGUGUAAUAUUUCCUUGAAGUGCAGUAUGUUUCCUCUGGAGUGCCAGUAGACACAAAGCAUUGUAACAUUUACAAUUCAGCGUAAGAUGAGAAAACAACUUUAAAUGGGACCUUUAUUUUGAUAACAUACCGGUGAACCAGGCGUUGUCACCCAGCAGACCCUUACCAAACAGCUACUACACAUUAAAGGAAGAGUUUGACAUUUUGACAAAUGUGCUUUCUUGCAUAGAGUUAGAUAAGAAGGUCUACAUCGCUCUCGUUCGCUCAUUGUGAAGCUGGAGCCAGUAGCCUUUAGCUUAUCUUAAAGACAGGAAACGGAUAGUCUUUAUGCUAAACUAAGCUUACUGUCUCUUAGUUGCAGCUUCAUGUUUAACAAGACAGAUAUUAGAGUGCUGUUGCUGUUCUCAUCUAACUCUCAGCAGGAAAGUGAAAAGGUAAAUUUACCAAAAUGUUGAAUUAUUCUUUAAUUACAAUUACCAUGAGUAUC